UCCAUGGGAGGCAGAUCAUUGGGGGGAGAAGUGGUACAAGGCCAACUUGGCAACCAAGACCCUUUCUACUUGAGACAAGCCACUUUGUAUUUCCCCAGAUUUCGGAACUCAGGUACGCACGCCGCCACGCGAGCACAAAGUCUAAUGUUAUGACCCGAGUACGUGAGUAUCUACAGUCCUAGCGGGUGAAUUAUGGAACCCAAGCACGCAAAGUGGCAGCAAGGUUCAUGCUAGCUGUGAUAGUGCCACUGCAUUUACGUGCAUAUGCUGCAAUGUAUUCUUCGCAAAGACCGGCAAGCUGAUAAGACAGCUUGAUUGAGACAUGUGAAAUGAGAAUCUCGCCUCGCUGCCUUGCGUUCUCGCUCAUGGGGGGAACAUCUGAGAUGACAGUAUGCGUGUCUAGGACUAGCUUGAUGAAUGUCUAUAAAGGCUUCCUCCCCCCUCUUCCUUUCUGAGUUAAAAAGAUCACAUCCGCACAGUUUCGUAUGCUCGUCUUUUCUCGUUGUAAACUUUAAAGCUCUCAAGUCCCUUUCCUCCGAGUCCAUCCCGCCAUCGUCUGCUCCACGAAACUCUUCUCAAGGACACCCAACCUUACACCACACAAAACCUCACACUAUGUCUUACCUAACUCCCAUCCUGCUUGCCCUUGCCUCUUUGUCCGCGGCAAGCCCCGUCCCCAGAGGGAACAUGAACGCCGGGCAACUCACAUUCUUCCACCCGGGACUAGGAGCUUGUGGCCAAAAUCACCACGACGGCUCCCUCAUAACCGCCAUUUUGGCUCCUCUGUUCGACAGCCGCCGUCCCCAAUACUGUGGUAACCAUUACGCGUCAAGAGCCCCCUGGGCGAUGUCGUGGUUGGGGUCGUCGACCGCUGCGAGGGUUGCGACCAUUGGGAUCUUGACCUUUCGCCUGCAGCUUUCCAACAAGCCGUUGGUGGUCUCGGUGUGGGCCGGACCCAAGCUGAAUGGGAAUGGGUAUAGGCUAGGAACUUAUAAUCAGAGUGCUGAAUCACAAUUUCCAGACAUGCUCCGCUUGCACAGUCGAUGUAUUGCUCACAGGGACAGUGGUGCCCAUGUCGUUGUUCUAAUUCAUGCUGUUGUGCCUUACCGGCUAUUGAGAUUUGAUAACGCCUCGCCUUUCCUGAAGUGGUUCGGGUCAUCUACUAUGCAAGCCAUACUGGCGCCAGUUUGCCCGUCCUAAAUAAGCAGUACUCCGAAUAACAAUUGGGCCACCAACUCCUAAGAAACUGAAAAUGAUCGCUCUCAUAAAAGCA